UCUAAGGCGGACCCUAGGUGGCGGGAGAUUUCGGAUGUGUUGGCCCGGGCCUGUGCUGUAGCGGUUGGGCUGGGCUGGGUCAACGGCGUGGGCGGCGGAACCGGGAAGGCGAACCCACCCUGAUCCUUGAUCCCCGACUGUGCUUGGUGAAGGAUUGCCUUCUCUUGGUCCGGGUGCUGUGGGGAAAGAUGGAGCGGCACCGGCCGCGGCUGCACCACCCAGCCUAUGGCUCCGCCGCCGGGGCCCCCUAUCCCUCCUCCGCCUUGCUCCGCAGCUGCCGGGAGAGCAAGAUUCAGCGCAAGAAAGGCCCCCAACACCCUCCGUUGCCUCGCGGGCCAGAGGAACCUGGGGAGAAACGCCCCAAAUUUCAUUUAAAUAUUAGGACACUGACGGAUGAUAUGCUGGACAAAUUUGCCAGCAUAAGAAUUCCAGGGAGCAAGAAAGAGAGAACUCCUCUUCCCAACGUGAAGACUGUGUUUGCAGGCCAUGACUGCUCAUCAGCACCUUCAGAGAUCAUGGGAAGCAUCCCAAAGCCACUGUCAGAGAAUGAAGUCCUACAGCUUUUUGAAGAGAUGAUGGAAGAUAUGAAUUUAAAUGAAGAUAAAAAGGCACCAUUGCGGGAAAAAGACUUCGGUAUCAAAAAAGAAAUGGUGAUGCAGUACAUUAAUACUGCUUCUAAGACAGGAAGUCUUAAAAGCAGUCAACAGAUUUCACCUCAGGAAUUCAUCUAUGAACUCAAAAUGGGGUCUGAGGAUGAGAGACUUGUGACAUACUUGGAGUCCCUCCGGGUAUCUUUGACCAGCAAUCCUGUGAGUUGGGUGGAAAGCUUUGGACAUGAGGGACUUGGAUUAUUACUAGACAUUUUGGAAAAAUUGAUUAGUGGAAAAAUCCAAGAAAAAGUUGUAAAGAAGAACCAACACAAAGUCAUACAGUGUCUAAAGGCCUUGAUGAAUACACAGUAUGGCUUAGAAAGAAUUAUGAGUGAAGAAAGGAGUCUUUCCUUAUUGGCCAAAGCCAUGGAUCCCAAGCACCCCAGUAUGAUGACAGAUGUGGUUAAGCUCCUUUCCGCUGUGUGCAUUGUAGGAGAGGAAAGCAUCCUUGAAGAAGUUUUAGAAGCUUUAACUUCAGCUGGAGAAGAAAGAAAAAUUGACAGAUUUUCUUCUAUUGUGGAAGGCCUUCGGCAUAAUUCAGUUCAACUGCAAGUAGCUUGUAUGCAGCUCAUAAACGCCCUUGUUACAUCUCCUGAUGAUUUGGACUUCAGGCUUCAUAUCAGAAAUGAAUUUAUGCGUUGUGGAUUGAAAGAGAUAUUGCCAAGUUUAAAACGUAUUAAGAAUGAUGGCCUGGAUAUCCAACUUAAAGUCUUUGAUGAGCAUAAGGAAGAAGAUUUGAUUGAGUUCUCUCAUCGUCUGGAAGAUAUUAGAGCUGAACUUGAUGAAGCAUCUGAUGUUUACAACAUGGUAUGGAACACAGUUAAGGAAACCAGAGCAGAGGGAUAUUUUAUUUCUAUUCUUCAGCAUCUUUUGCUCAUUCGAAAUGAUUAUUUUAUAAGACAACAGUACUUCAAAUUAAUCGAUGAGUGUGUAUCCCAAAUUGUAUUGCAUAAAGAUGGAAUGGAUCCAGAUUUCACAUAUCGAAAACGAUUGGAUUUAGAUUUAAGUCAAUUUGUAGAUGUUUGCAUAGAUCAAGCAAAAGUAGAAGAGUUUGAAGAAAAGGCAUCAGAACUUCACAAAAAAUUUGAAAAAGAGUUUACUGACCACCAAGAAACUCAGGCUCAGUUGCAAAAAAAAGAAGAAAAGAUUAAUGAGCUUCAAGUACAAUUACAAGCUUUUAAAUCCCAGUUUGGUGCCUUGCCAGCUGAUGUCAGUAUUUCUUUGCCACCUUCAAAAGAAGAUGGAGCUGGUCACCCACCACUUCCUGCUCCCCCUCCAUUGCCUCCUUGUGGAGGGUUGCCACCUCCACCACCACCUCCACCACCACCUCCACUCCCAGGAAUGCCCUUGCCAUUUGGUGGUCCUGUGCCUCCACCUCCUCCUCUGGGCUUUUUUGGUGGUAGAAACUCUCUUCCUCCACCAACACUGCCAUUUGGGUUGAAACCAAAGAAAGAAUUUAAACCUGAAACCAGCAUGAGAAGAUUGAAUUGGUUAAAGAUCAGACCUCAUGAAAUGACUGAAAACUGUUUCUGGAUAAAAGUAAAUGAAAAUAAGUAUGAAAAUACGGAUUUACUUUAUAAACUUGAGAAUACUUUUUGUUGCCAACAAAAAGAGAAAAGAGAUGAAGAAGAUUUUGAAGAGAAGAAAGCUAUUAAGAAAAAGAUUAAAGAACUUAAAUUUCUAGAUUCUAAAAUUGCUCAGAACCUUUCAAUCUUUCUGAGCUCUCUUCGGGUGCCAUAUGAGGAAAUAAAAACGAUGAUAUUGGAAGUGGAUGAAACACAGUUGGCAGAGUCUGUGAUUCAGAACUUAUUAAAGCAUCUUCCUGAUCAAGAGCAAUUAAAUUCCUUGUCUCAGUUCAAGAGUGACUAUAACAACUUAUGUGAACCUGAGCAGUUUGCUGUUGUGAUGAGCAAUGUGAAGAGACUGCGGCCACGGCUCAGUGCUAUUCUCUUUAAGCUUCAGUUUGAAGAGCAGGUGAACAACAUCAAACCUGACAUCAUGGCUGUCAGUACUGCCUGCGAAGAGAUAAAGAAGAGCAAAAGCUUCAGCAUGUUGCUGGAACUUGUAUUGCUAAUGGGAAACUACAUGAACGCCGGCUCCCGGAAUGCUCAAACCUUCGGAUUUAACCUUAGCUCUCUCUGUAAACUAAAGGACACAAAAUCAGCAGACCAGAAAACAACAUUACUUCAUUUCCUGGUAGAAAUAUGUGAAGAAAAGUACCCUGAUAUCCUAAAUUUUGUGGACGAUUUGGAACAUUUAGACAAAGCUAGUAAAGUCUCUGUAGAAAUGCUGGAAAAGAAUUUGAAGCAGAUGGGAAGGCAGCUUCAACAGCUUGAGAAAGAUUUGGAAACCUUUCCCCCUCCUGAGGACAUGCAUGACAAGUUUGUGACAAAGAUGUCCAGCUUUGUUAUCACUGCAAAAGAACAAUAUGGAAAACUUUCAAAAUUACUUGAAAACAUGGAAAAAUUGUACCAGAGUAUAAUGGUAUAUUAUGCCAUUGAUAUGAAGAAGGUGUCUGUGGAAGACUUUUUUACUGACUUAAAUAACUUCAGGACUACAUUCAUGCAAGCAAUAAAGGAGAACAUCAGAAAAAGAGAAGCAGAGGAAAAAGAAAAACGUGCCAGAAUAGCUAAAGAAUUAGCAGAGAAAGAAAGACUUGAACGCCAGCAAAAGAAAAAGCGCUUACUAGAAAUGAAGACUGAGGGUGAUGAGACAGGAGUGAUGGAUAGUCUGCUGGAGGCCCUGCAGUCGGGGGCUGCCUUCCGCGACAGAAGAAAAAGAACACCAAAGCCGAAAGAUAUUCGGCAAAGUCUCAGUCCAUUGUCUCAGAGGCCUGUUCUGAAAGUUUGUAACCAUGAAAAUCAGAAAGUGCAGUUGACAGAAGGGUCACGUUCACACUACAGUAUCAAUUGCAACUCCACAAGGACUACAGUCGCCAAGGAGCUUAAUUAUAAUCCAGACACUCGUACGUCUACAGAGAGGAUCAAGGCAGUUGAGAAGAAGGAAGCCUGUAAUGUAGAAAGCACCAGAAAAAAGGAAAUGGAACUUCUUGGCUCUGUUUCUAAAAACGAAUCAGUUCCCGAAGUUGAAGCCCUGCUGGCAAGAUUACGAGCUUUAUAAAUUAAACUGGCAAAAAAAAUGAUUAAGCCAAAUAUAAAGCCAUGCUCUAAGCUAUAACACUUGAAAAAAUUGCUUUUAUAUAAGUGACUUUAUAUAGUUUUAAAUUAUGAUAUAUAUUAGAAAAAUAAAGCUAAAUACAUUAUUGCAAUGCUUUUUCUAUGUACUUGAAGUUUGGGCUUAUUCAAGAUUGUAAUGUGCUUUAAUGCUUUUUUUGUCUCCUGGUAUUCAUCUGUUCUAUAUUUGGUGGUUAAAUUAUACAUAUUGCUUUAGAGAGCAGGUAGGAGGCCAUGUGUUCAGCAAUGUGUCCUUAAGAAAUACCAUCUUUCUAAGUCACUGUAAUUUUUACUAUUUCAGCAUUAAUGAGUAUCAAAUCAUCAAUCUUGUUACACAUGCAUGUAUAUUUAUAUAGGCCUAGGUUUCUCCACUGUAACAUCAUGAAUAUUAACUGAAUAUAUCACAACUAUAAGGAAAUGACUGGUAAACUCUUUAUCAUCAUUGUUUAAUUCAUGUUAACUUGACCCUCUGAGGGACUCGUAAGCCAACUGAGUGCAUUUCCAAAAAUUAUAUGAUAGAAAUGUAUGUAUAAUCUCUACAAAAUGCCUCAGCUUUUGGAUAAAGUGAAAAUAUACAGUAUGACAGUGCUGACCAAAACUCUUGGUCUUAGCCAAGAGAACAUUUUUUUUUCCCCAGUAAUUAUGACUAUGGAAUAAAAUUACCAUUUUGAAACUUCCAAAGCCACAAAUUUUUGGAUUCCUCUGAACACACUUGGAAUUUCAAUUUCUUUGAUCUGACAAUCAAUAACUUUAACAAGGAUCUGAAUACAUGUUUCAAGGAAAGUUUUAAUAUGCAAAUGUUGCAAUUGUACCUCAUUUCAGCAUCAUUCCUUUGUUAAUUCCAUAUCAAAGAAAAUAAACUUGCUAUUUGCACUAAAUGAAAAAAAAUUGCUUUCUUCUCCCUCUCAUUAACAUAUUCUGUAGUAAGCUGGAGAUACAGUGCUACACAGGCCAAGCACCUCUUUUGCUUUAUUACAUGUAAUAACUAAGUGACUGCUCUUUUACUUUCAGUAAAAAGCAGUUAUAUAGAACUAGUCUGUGAGGUCUACUGCCUUUUAUUUCCUUGUUUAAGUUGCCACCUCCUUUCGUCUCCAAGUUAAUAAAAUUAAUUAAUUAGGACUAUGAACCAGGCUCUGUUUAUAGACGUGGGGGAACAAGUGUUAUCCAUAGCCACUGUAGGAAUAAAUUUGCUGUAUGUGUUGCUGAAAUGUGAAUCUUGCCCUCCAGUUGCAAUUCCAAUUUUCCUAAAAACAAAUGUUUUUUUUAAAAAAAUCAAGAAAAGUGAAGGACAUUUACAUAUUUAAGCGAGCAGAAGCCAUAACAUCAAGGAAGGAUUGUUUUGAUUAGGAAAGAAUGAAAGAAUUCUAACUAUCUGUUCUCAACAUGAUUUUCUGAAGACUUGGGCUUCUCAGAAAGAAAAUUUAAAUUUAUCCACAUAGUUUGGACAGGCCAGGUAGGGAGAAGCAGCCAGGCGAGUAAAGGGAAGUGAAGAUGACACAGACUCCCAGGGGCAGAGAAAGACAGGAAGUCCAGCCCCAGAGCAUCUGUCUAGACACAGGAGCUGAAGGACAAUCUUCAAGCAGGAGGACCAGGAGCCCAAAGCUAGCAGAGCAUCCACAGGACAUGGCCUCCCUCUCUCUGAAUGAUAAGAGCUGGUUUUCAAGCAGGCCUGAACAGAAAGAAGGACCCAUAGCUAUGGAAAGCAAAACUUCAGUGAAAGAGGCUAGGUGCCAACUCAAGGAACAGAUCACUCAUUUUCUGUUGGAGAUAUUUCCUUAAGAUAUAUCCCUUCAACAAAGGGCUAAGGGUAUAAUUAGGGUUUUAAAAUUCAUGGUAUUCCUUUAGACAAUUGUAGAGAAAACUAUAACAAUGACUUUUCAUUCAAAGACAGACAUGAAGGUACAGUUUUGUUUCUGAGCAAAAAAAAAAAAAAGUUCCUUUGGAUUAGGUAUGGUGGUUAAUUUUAUGGUCAAUUAGACCAGGAUAAAGGAUACCCCAGAUAACUGGCAAAAUAUUAUUUCUAGGUAGAUCUGUGAGGCUAUAUCUGGGAGAGAUUAUCACUGGAAUCAGUAGACCAAGUAAAGAUCACACUCACAGUACAGUGGGCAUCAUCCAGUUUGUUAAAAGCACAAAUAGAAGGAAAAGCAAAUUUCUUUCUCUGUUUAUACUGGGGCAUUCAUCUGCUCCUGCUCAUAAACAUUAGCCCUCUUGUUCACAGGUCUUUGGGCUUAAAUGAACUACACCACCAGCUUUUCCAGGCCUCCACCUUGCAAAUAUUGCCUGGUGGGACAUCUCCACUGAGCCCAUCACUAAUAAUAAUAAAUCAUUCUACAUAUCUGUACAUAUUAUAUUGUUUGUUUUUCUGGAGAACCUUGACUUAUACAGAAGGUAAAUGUCCAACUCAAAAACAUCUGAUAGAGCUUAAUAAUCUUGACAAGGAUAUUCCUUCCAGGCCAGUGAUAAACCCCAGAUUAUUCUCUCCUUAUGGUGGUAUAAAGAAUUUAACUAGAACACACAGAUAACUAAGCAAUCACUGAGUUUUUAUAAAAUCAUGAACCUACUCUAACAAUUUUUUUCUAAUGAAAUGGUUAACUUAAAAACAAUGGAAGCACUUACUUUAUAUGUGCCUUUUUAUUUAACAUAUUUGAACAAGCUAUGUCAAAAACACCUAGUGUUUUAACAAAAUACUGUGUUGUCGUUAAAGGAAUUAAUCCUGUUAUUUGUAACAUGUUUGUGGUGGUCAUCAUGUUAAGUGAAAUAUACCAGGAACAGAAAGAAAAUUAUUAUGUAAUCAUACUUGUAAUGGAAUCUAAAAACAUUGAUCUAACAGAAGAUGAGAGUAGAAUGGUGGUUACCAUAGGCCCACAAGGGUGAGGUGGAAAGAUGGGGAGAGGUUGAUAAAUGGGGACUCAGUUUCAGUUUAGAGAGAGAAAUCCUGUUGUUCUAUUGCACAGUAGGGUAACGGUGCACCUAGAAAAAUGAUGAUGUACCAUAUAUAUAUUUUUUU